CCGACCCCGUUAGCCCCGCCCCACUUCAGUUUCGCUUCUGCAGUGACUCCGGCGGGGCGUCGAGGCCGGAGCUCCGGGAAGCGCGCUCCCAGGGACGAGCCGCGGUCCCCGACGGUCUCUGCGCAAGAGAGAAGCCUGUGAAGACCAGUAGCAGCCAGUGCAUUGCACCUGGGCUCAGGUGUGGGGUGUUUCCAUCACUGGAAAAUUCUGGCUGCUUCAUAUCUACCACUGGAGCUUCUGGACAAAAGCCAUGGCCCUCUCCUCAUUCACAAAGAAGAUGAAAGAAAUCGCCACCUGCUCCAUCUGCAUGAGCCUGAUGACGCAUCCCGUGACCAUCAGCUGUGGGCACAGCUACUGCAACUCGUGCCUGCAGUACUCCUACAACGGCCAGGCCCCAUCAGGGCGGCGGAGGUUCUGCUGCCCUCUCUGCCGGUCCUCAUUUCCUCUGACGAACCACGGGUACAACAAGGUUCUGGAAAACCUCAUCGAGGUCAUCGGGGAGAUGGACCUGGAGUUGCUGUGCGGGGAACACGGGGAGCAGCUGCACCUCUUCUGCGAGGACGAGGGCCAGCUCAUCUGCUGGCGCUGUGAGCGGUCACCGCGGCAUGCAGGGCACACCACGGCUCUUGUGGAAGACGCCUGCCAGGGCUACAAGGAACAACUCCAGAAUGUUAUAACAAAAUUGAGUCAACUCCAUGAGGAAUGUACAAAUCAGAAGGCAUUCGUGACAAAGCAAAUAACUGAAUGGAAGGAGAAGAUAGAGAUUCAGAGACAAAACAUCAAGUCUGACUUUAAGAAUCUCCAGAUUUUCCUGUGUCUGGAGGAGAAGUCAUAUCUUUGGAGGCUGGAGAGGGAAGAGGAGGAGAUGCUGUGGAGGCUGAGGGCGAGCGAGGCCAGACUGAAGCAGAAGAGCGAUGAACUCAGGAGCCAUAUUCUGGAGUUGGAGGCAAAAUGUCAGAGCUCAUCCCAGAAGUUGCUGCAGGAUGUGAAAGACACCUUGAGCAGGAGCCGGGUGGAGAGGCUGGAGACACCAGAGGCCUUUUCCAUGGAGAUUCAUACCACCUGCAAUGUUUCUGAGCUCUACUUUGAUGUGAAGAAAAUACUAAGACGUUGUCAAGUUGGUGUGACCCUGGAUCCGGACACAGCUCACCCGAACCUAACUCUGUCAGAGGACGGAAGACAGGUGACUCACGGGGGUUGCCAGGAGGAUCUCGACUUUUCUCCCAGGAGAUUCAGUGCCUUCCCCUGUGUCCUGGGCUGUGAGGGCUUCACCUCAGGGAGACACUACUUUGAAGUGGAUGUUGGAGAAGGGACUGGUUGGGAUUUGGGGGUCUGUAUGGAAAAUGUGCCUAGGGAUGCUGAUGUGAAGCAGGAGCCUGAGUUUGGCUUCUGGACCAUCAGGCUGUGCAAAGGGGACUACCUAGCACUUACCAAUCCCCCAACUCCUCUGAGUCUGCGUGAGCAGCCCCUGGUUGUGGGAAUUUUUCUGGACUAUGAGAUUGGAAUUGUGUCCUUCUACAACACGACUGCUGGCUCCCACAUCUUCACGUUCCCCAACGCCUCCUUCUUGUACACUCUCAAGCCCUACUUCCGUGUUUAUCAGCAUUCUCCUUUGUUCCUGCCUCCCCCAGAGUAGUGAAGAAAGGAGAGCCUCCUUAGUUUAACCAGCAUAGACGGUUGUAAAUCCCCUCAAGGCAGAACAUGGGCAGUUCCUCCAGGUCCUAGAACAGUGCUGGGCUUCCAGUGGCUAUUUAGUAAAUCCUCAUGGAAAUAACAGAUGUAAAGACAGUAAGCAUGCCACCCACCAUCAGCUGAGCAUGGAAAGCAGGUGAUAGGUCCCCCUCAUCAGAAGUUCCCCCAGGCAGGCUGACAGAGCUGGCUUGUCACUAACUGGCCAAGGGUAGCAUAUUCUGCUACCCUAAAAUAUAGCACUUUAGCAUAUGGAUUAUUUUGAGUUGAAGACAAUUGAGAAAAAACAGAUUUGAGAAAAACUCUUUGCCUAAAUGAAGGACACACAUUUGUAAAGGUGUCCCCCUUCCUGUCCAGGGAGGACAGGAGUUAGUCACAAGAGACAGCAUGGAGAGAAUACCAAAGGGAACUUCUUUAACUUUAUUAAAAAUCCUUGUAAAACUCGCCUUUGUCCACAACUUCAUGUGUGCCUUCCCACAGUUUGCAACCCUAGAAAGCCAAAGUCCUUUUCCUUUGCCUUUCAUUUCUCUAAAAAUAUACUGUUCUUUUGUUAAAAUGCUCUCUAAGCCCACGUUCUAACCACUUCCUGGCAUUACUUAUCUUGCGUAUUCCCACGUGUAUGUGUGAUGCAUAUGUUAAUAAAUUUCUCUAU